UUCACUCUUCCCCCACUGACCUUAAUUAGCUGCUGCCACCUCCAUCAUCAUCUUCUUCUUCUUGAUCAGACAAUAAUAAUGAAGAUCCAGUGCGACGUCUGCAACAAAGACGAAGCUUCUUUCUUCUGCAUCGCAGACGAUGCCGCCCUGUGCCCGGCUUGUGACCGCAGAGUCCACCACGCCAACAAACUCGCCGGGAAACACCGCCGGUUCUCCCUCCUCCACCCGCCCCAAUCCCCUCUCUGCGACAUCUGCAAGGAGAAAAGAGGAUUCUUGUUCUGCCAGCAGGACAGGGCGAUUCUGUGCACAGAUUGCGACGAUUCUGUACACAGAUCGAACGAGCACACCAAGAAACACGACAGGUUUCUUCUCUCCGGAGUCAAGAUCUCCGCCGCCUCCCAUCUCUUCUGCUCUCCUCCGCCCUCCAAGUCCCAAAUAUCCUCCAACAAGGCGGCGGCGGCGGCGGUUUCACCUUCCCCUGUUUCCCGCAUCCACCAUACAGUGGCAAAACCCGCAGAACCCAACUGCCAUGGUUUUACGGGCAGCAGCAGCAGUUUAUCUGAGUAUUUGGAGACCCUGCCCGGUUACGGCGUCGAAGAGCUUCUUGAUUCAUCUUCUCCAUAUUCAAUCUGCCCAUCUAAGAUGGGUGAUAAUGAUGGGCUGAUGAUGUUGCCAUUUUGGGAUGGGGAUAUUGAGAGAAGCAUCUGCACAGAGAAGGAGGGGAUUUGGGGGGUCCCACAGUCAUCAUCAUCAUCUCUUCCAUUUGGUGGUUUUGCAGCAGCAGCAGCAGCUCAAAAUGGGUUGACCAUGAAGUGGACAGAUGACAACUCUUUUGCAGUUCCACAGAUGAGUCCAUCUUCAACUUCUUCUUUCAAGAGACCCAGACAUCAUUUUUGGUAGUCAAGAAGAAAAAACAUUUACAUUAUCUUUGGCUAAAGGAGAUUCAAAGAGAAAAAAAAAGAGUAAAAAGAAAAAUAGUUUUCUUUG